AUGAAAGGCCCUUUACCAAUUCCUCGACCAAGGUCCUGGCCUCCUCGGACCAUUGACAACCAACUGGGAAUAGCAACGUUGUCUCUGGGUAAUUGGAGAGAGCAUAAGCUUGGCCCUCGCCUGGAGGCGGCCGCCAAAGCUGGGUACCAAUGGAUUGACUUGUUUGACGAAUGCUGGGCAGCGUACUUGGAGGAACACGGUCUGGAUGGGGAGAAGCUGUGGGAGGCCACCACAGAAAAUCUCCAGGUGGCUCGCAAGCUUGGAGAGCUGGUCAAAUCGCUAGGAAUGCGGAUUUCCUGCACCCAACCGCUUCGAAAGAUCGAGGGGAUCAAAGACUCAGUAGAAAGGCGUGCCACCCUCGACCUGGUGGCGAAGCGAUUUCCCUUCAUGCGAGCGUUUGACACUGAUCUGGUUUUCAUGUGUGCCAGCAUCCGCUCAGAUAGUGGGGUGACUUCGGAUUUGAAAACGGUGGCCCAAGACUUGGCCGAGAUGGGCGACAUGGCUGCCGCGUUUUCUCAUGCAGACGGCGGUCGAAUGUUAAAGAUAGGUUACGAGGGCCUUUCAUGGGCCACGAGAAACACUUGGUCUGCGUCCUGGGAGGCCGUCCGGGCGGCGAACCGGCCGAACGUUGGUCUGGUGGUCGAUGCCUUCAACGUUUUGGCUGUGGAAUGGGCUGAUCCCCCCAGCCCGGCUGGGCAUGGGCGCGUCUACGGAACCAUUGAGGAGUCGAUCACUCUGCUGUGCCUGUCACUCGCAUCUCUCGUGGCGUCUGUCCCCGGCGACAGGAUUUUCUUCUUUCAGGUGGGGGAUGCCGAGCUGGUCAACCCGCGACGCCUUUACAAAGAGCCUCUGGACCCCGAGACCCCAGCAUUGCUGCCUUGGUCGCGAGGCCAUCGCCUUUUUCCAUUCGAGACUGCCAGAGGCGCUUACAUGCCGGUGGAGCUCGUUGCUGCCGCCGUCCUCGCAACAGGAUAUCGAGGACCCAUGUCACUGGAAGUUUUCAACAACUCACUUAACGUGGCAGGUGGGACCGUGCCCCCUGAGCACGCAACCCGCGGUAUGGCCGGGCUUCGAAAAGUUCUGGAGGCAGUGCAACAGGUGCCGCCGUUCUGGGAUCCUUCACAAGAGGUAUCGAUCGAGGACUUGGUGCUACUAUAUCACUCCAAUCGGCAGGUAAAGCCUAAUAUAUAA